AUGACUAGAGGCAACCAGAGAGAACAGGCCAGAGCUAAAAACCAGAAGAAGCUCCAGGCCCAGAAGGAGAAGAAGCCUGAUCCCAAAAAGAGACAAGAGGCCGAUGCUCUUAUUCUGAGACAAAAACAGGCUGCAGCCGAUGCAAGAAAGGCUGAGGCUGCUGCCGCUGCCUUGAAGAAGUGA